UUUUUAAAACCCUAGCCACCUUUGACGUUUUUGCAGGCAAAUUCGUGGGUUUGUUUGAGGACUGGAAGCUAAAGGUGCUCACAAAAAUUUGACGUGGCACUACGAGACUACAUAUAAAUAGACAAAGAAUAACAUAAUAGACUGUGUGUGUGAAAGAGAUGAACUGAGUUAGAACCAUAACUCAAGGAAGGAAAUGGAGAAUGCAACAACCAAUUCUCCAUGUGAAGAGGAACCAAAACAAGAUGAGCAUGCAUCUGCACCACAGGCACAAGAAGCAGGAGGAUGGAGAUCAGUCUACUACAUUAUUGGUAACGAGUCGUUCGAAAAAUUGGCAUCAAUGAGUUUGAUAUCGAAUCUGACGAUAUACUUGCUAACGAGGUACAAUUUGAGUGCAAUAUUUGUGGUGAAUGUGGUUCAAAUUUGGAACGGAUCAUCCAAUGUUGCAUCCAUAAUCGGUGCUUUCAUUUCUGAUACUUAUUUGGGAAGGUUUCGCACGCUCUUAUUUGGCUCCAUUGCAUCACUUCUGGGUAUAUUGAUAAUGACCCUAACAGCAGGUAUACAUCAAUUGAGGCCUGCUAACUGCACUGAUAGGCCACAUUGCCAGUGGCCACAACCGUGGCAGCUUGGUAUACUCUUUUUCGCCCUCGCCAUGUUAUCUGUUGGCGCAGGUGGAAUUAGGCCGUGCAACAUUGCAUUUGGCGCUGACCAAUUCGAUACCAAAACAGAGAAAGGCAGGGCACAAUUGGAAAGUUUUUUCAAUUGGUGGUACUUCACCUUCACCAUUGCACUUGUGAUCGCGCUAACUGGCGUUGUCUACAUUCAAACCAAUGUUAGCUGGACCUUAGGAUUCGCCAUUCCAACACUCUGCCUUGCUUUCUCAAUAGCAAUCUUCUUAAUCGGUCAGCACACUUACAUUCGAAAGAAGCCUCAGGGGAGUGUCUUCUCUGAUAUGGCAAAGGUGAUCACUGCAGUGUGUCGAAAGUGCAAGCUUAAGACCUCUGAUAGAACACGUUACUAUGAUCCUGGUCCAUCAGAAUUGGACCACAACAAUGUUAGGCUUGUUCGUACAGAUAGGUUCAAAUUUCUUGAGAAGGCUGCUAUAAUUUCUGAUCCUAGUGAGUUGAAUGAACAAUUGAAACCGAAAAAUGUUUGGAGGCUUUGUAGCUUGCAGCAAGUUGAAGAAUUAAAAUGCUUAUUGGGAAUUCUACCAGUUUGGGUGACAGGAAUAUGUUGCUUCAUUGUAAUGGAUCAGCAGAACACAUUUGGUGUUCUUCAAGUUAUUCAAACAAACAGAUCAAUUGGGAAACAUUUCAAAGUUCCACCAGGUUGGAUGAACUUGGUCUCAAUGGUAGCACUUUCAAUUUGGAUCUUCAUCUACGAAUGCAUCUAUAUUAGAGUGACAAAGAAAAUUAACAAAAAGGCUACUCGGUUAAGCAUGAGCCUAAGAAUCAGAAUUGGGAUUCUUUUGUCAAUUUUGUGCAUGCUUGUGGCCGCAAUUGUUGAGCAGAAGCGCCGCGACUCAGCUUUGAGAGCAAAAUCGUUUACUUCGCCGAUGAGCUUCGCAGUGCUGCUGCCACAGUUUGCACUGUCGGGUCUCAAUGAAGCCUUCGCUGCUGUGUCCAUAAUGGAAUUCUUCACCACGGAGAUGCCCGAGAGCAUGAGGACUGUGGCUGGUGCUGUUUUCUUUCUGAGCUUGUCAGUUGCAAACUACUUAGGAUCAUUGAUUGUGAACAUUAUCCAUAAAGCUACAUCACAUGGUGGGAGAAAUUCAUGGCUUGGUGGGCAUGAUUUGAAUGACAAUAAGCUUGAUUACUACUAUUAUCUAAUUGCUGCACUUGGUGUUUUGAAUUUUGUUUACUUCAAUUUCUUUGCUAGCCAUUUCUUGGGUAAAAAACCUAGCAAUGAUACAAAAAAGGUGCAGCCAAAGAAUUCAAUACCAAACCAGCAGAAUGGAGAGCCACCUCAAGAGAAGGUAUUUGACAUAACAAUUGAUCCAAGAUGAAAGAGGGAACAUGAUCAUGCUAAUUUGAUACAUUUUAUUUUAUUGUUGUUUAGUUUAGGUGUGACUGUAACAAUCUUUUUUGCCUUGAACACUUUAUUGUGCUAAUUAGGUGUGGUACAUUGCAGAUUUCUGAUUCUUGGCUCAAUGUAUUUGGAAUUGUUCUAAGUUGGUGAUUUAUGGUGGAGAUUCACUGUUUUUCUGAGUUUGCUGUUAUAUUCUGUUGAACCAGUUUGA